CAUGAGAAACAAAAAAUAUUAUCAGUCCUUACUCAGACUCAGAUACUUUAAUCUCAGUCUUUUAGCAAUCGUAUAACAAGUGAGAUGUUUUCCAUCAGAAUAAUAUUGUUGAUCAUAGUCAGUGUGGCAGCAGAAAAUGCCUACGAGGACUGUAUCUACUUCGAUAAAGGUAGUGGAUUUGUUAAGUUGUCUCCAUUGGUUUCCAAUGAAUUGCCCGUGAAACUUCGUAUGCAAGUUAAGGCGUACAAUUGUGACGAUAUUUCAAUGACGGUGUACAUUGGAAACAAAUACAAAUUUAACACACCAACUCAAGGCUCGUUUAUGACAAUUGGCUACAGCAUUAGCGAUUAUGGAAUUAAUGAUCCUUGUAACGGCCUAUGGCACAAUGCUAUGCUGGAUUUAAAUGAGAAAGAACCACUGUUUCACUGGAACGACCAAACGUUUUAUCGCGCCGAUUAUGAACAAUAUGAUUUUGAGAGGCUACGCGGCGAAACUGUUUAUGUCGGAUUUCAAUACCACAAUCAGACUGAUGACAAAUACAUUAAGUUCAAAAGUUACGAUAAACCGUUUGAGGGUUACAUCCGAAAUAUUACUAUUGAUGGUGUGGCACAGUCGAUGCUUCAAGGUCAACUAAAUGGAACGCUGGUAUCUAAGGCUUGUCCGACAGAAGCGAUUUUUACGAGUACUGAGGGAGCAGCGAAAUUGAAUGAUAAUGUGUCAAUCGAUUCGGAUAAUUUUCGUAUUUCGUUUGAAUUGAAAAUUACCAACUGUUCGGAAUGUUGUUCUAGUUCUGCAAUUCUACUAUCAGCAAUAGGAGAAGAUUCGUACUUCGUUUUGGAAAUUGUUCAGAACAUUUUGUACUGGAAAACUAAGGCGCCCAGCUAUUCCACUUAUGAUUACCUGACUACAUUAGGCGAAUAUCAAUUGUGUGACGGAAAUUGGCAUAAAAUUGCUGUGCUUCAACAGGGUCGAGAUUAUAGAAUUAUUGCAGAUAAUCACUCAACCAGCAAUAACUUUGGACAGACUUUGAAAUUUACAGCUCCCUUGUACGUUGGUCAGCAUCCAUUUUUCAAAAUGCUGUCGUCCAUUGAAAUUCGUAAUGGAUUUAAAGGUUGCUUUCGAUCGCUUCAAGUCAAUGGAGCUGGAGCGGAGAUAAGUGAAAAUAAUUUUAAUGACUUCGCCAAGUUAGGAAGUUGCAAUAAGGUGAACGUAUUGUGAUGAAGUAGUGUAACGUUAAACUACGCAUUCCAAGAACAGGCACAAGAACAGAUUUUUUAAUGGUCAAAAAGCUUCUUAUUUUGGUCCCCGGAGUG